AUGCCCGGUCCUCGCGAAGCGCCCAACCACCUCACCACCGACCCACCCCAAUCAACAGCGACACAUGAAUCUCCAAUGAUUAUAAUGAAAAACUGCAUCGUUGGCGGUUUCGCCCUUGUCUCAGCUGGAAAUGUUAACCUCUCCACGACGCCGCUUCCCCCACUGUCACCUCCGGGAAAUGAUCACCUUCAGGGACACCACUGGCCCCAGGAUCCGCUCCGGUUUGGGGUCGGAGGAGCUGGCUAUGGCCAUUAUGGCUGGGGUUCAGGGGAGUAUGAGCGCUUAAUGGAGAAGGGGACUGUAGGAGUAGGACGGAAACACUCGCUGAACACUGUGAUGAACAAUCCGUUUUUCGGAAUGCGAGUGGACUAUGGUCACUGUGGUGCGCAUCUUGACGGUACGAGUCGAGGUGAUCAUGGGACAGGCUUUCGAGGCGACCCCGGCACAGGCUUUGGAGGUGAUCCCGGCACAAGUGCUCGAGGUGAUCUUGGUACAAGCAAUCGAGGUGACUCCGGUAUGGUUCCUCAGGGUGCAAAUAUCGAACCUGGGUGCAACCUCCCGCGACUGGGAGGUAUGUAG